UCUAGUAUUUGUUGAAAGUUCAAACACGAUCACACCAACGUGUUUAAUAUGAGGAACGAUGAGGGGGUGUUCUGCGAAAAGUUUCUAGACGUCUGUCUGAGGCAAAAGAGAAAAAAGGUCGCCCAUGAUGAGCCGGAUGGAAUCGUCGAACUUUCCAAGUUCAGGCAGGCGAGGAAAGAGAGGGCCAAUAAGGGGUGAGGAGACACAGAAACGUGCGCGCAAUUAAUAAGAAAUCUAUCCCUGCUGCCGACUACCGUGUGCCGACGAGCUCCGAGCUACCGGAGAGCAAGAGAGAGAAUGAGUAUGCCGCAGGAUCAGACGACGAGCUCGCUGCCCUCCAGCAGCGAGCGCUCCUCGAGCUCGGCGCCGCAGACGGAGGAGGCCAGAGAAGGGAUGGAGAGCGACGAGGAGAUCGGGCGGGUGCCGGAGGUCGGGCUGGAGCUGGGCGGCCCGUCGACGUCCAGCAGGGAGACCGCCGCCGCGGGCGCCGCUGCCGGGACGUCGUCCGAGGCCCAGGCGGCCAGCGCCGCCGCCCGCCGCCGCGUCCGCAGCCCGGCCGACAAGGAGCACCGCCGCCUCAAGAGGUUGCUUCGGAACCGGGUGUCGGCACAGCAGGCGCGGGAGAGGAAGAAGGCGUACCUGAGCGAGCUGGAGGUGAGGGUGACGGACCUGGAGAAGCGGAACUCGGAGCUGGAGGAGAGGCUCUCCACGCUGCAGAACGAGAACCAGAUGCUCAGACAGAUCCUGAAGAACACCACUGUCAACAGAAGAGGGCCGAGUGGCGGUAGCAGCGCCGGUGGAGACAGCCAAUAGCUGACCUCUGCAUGCAAGACCGGGAGGAAAUGGUCGCGUUUGGAGUUUGGAGAAGGAAGCAGCUAGCAGCAGCAGGGAACUACCUCCUGACUAGGGAUGAAAAUGAUGGGAACGGUCAGAACCGUAUUACAAUACGAAAAACAAAAAUGGUUAGGUCGGAAUUUUUCUGUAUUUAUGAAAUUAAUAAAAUCAGAUAUGGAGAAAAAUAAUUAUAAAAUUAAUUAUAAAUGAUAACAGUCGGGAACAAUAUCAUAAUACGGAAAACGAUAUCGGUUGGUACGAAAGUUUCCAUCCCACUUUCACCCCUGCUCCUGAGUCCUGACGAGAGCCCAUUCACCUGGUUGAUCAAGCUUGUUGUUUAGGUGAAAAAUCUUCUGUCAUGCUGGGACCGUGCUGCAUCUGCAGGUGUUCAGCCCGGCUCUGGAACUUCUCUAUAUGUAUGUAACAGCGUCCUUGUAUGGCCGCCUUUGCCAACAUGUAGUAAUUCAUUCCGCCCGUCUACAUGUGGGCUGUACGUAAGAGAUGGCAUGGACGCAGUGCCGUUGCAAAUGUAAUCAGGUUUAUUCAAGAAGCGCUGUCUAAUUUGUUAA